UAAUCUUUAUUUUUUGUAGAGACGGAGUCUCACCACGUUGCCCAGGCCUCGGCCUCUUAAAGUGCUGGGAUUACAGGCAUGAGUGUGAAGUGUUAAACAGCGGCUCAGGGAGGCCAACCAGGGUCCAAGAAACCCCGUCCCUGCUGCCUCCACUGGUCCAGAGCUAGUACCCCCAGCCAGCAUGACACUCAUGUCCCAGACAUUGUGGGUCAACAGAAAUUCAGAUAGCUAAGAGAAUGGAAACGGACAAAGGAGGCACAGGAGGAUUCCGUGCCAGAGUCUGGAUUGGUCACCCCCGUUCAGGUUCUGCCUGAGGAAAGGAGAAUGGGGUCCGGGCACAGUCGGCUGGAUGGAGCAUCUGAAGACGGCUUGCACCAGAGCCCUCGUGGCUGAAGGAAGAAGCCAGGGGGUGAGUCAGCCCCAGGGCUUGAUGGAACAGACAGGAACUAGAUUAUCUAGUAAGGGAGAAGCAAGGCUGAGCAAGAGACAGCCCAGGCUCCCUGGCUGCCACUGCCUAAUCUGUCCCCCUUCACACAUCCCACACACACUGUUUAGACAGAGCAGCAGAGAAGAAACAGACAUCCUGGAUCCCGCGGGGAGCAGGCCGGGGCUGGGAACAGGAGGUCUGUUUAUUCCUGGCAGUCCCAUAUCAGAAGGGUCCCACACCCACUUCUGUCCAGGCCCCAGGCUGAACUCUCCCAGAGCCUGUGACUUCUGCCCUAUCAUAUCGCGUGGUUCUGAGGGCCGGCCCUGGAACCCUGCAUCCUCCCCACCCACCAGCUCCCUCGAGGAUGGAUUUGAGGCUGGAUGCUUUCGUCUUCCCACUUUUUGUCCCAACAGAAGUCCCUCCUCUUCAGGAUCCCUGACUGACUGUGCAGAGCUAGCAGAGCCACACUCCGCGGACCUCCAGCCCUUCAGGCCCAGCUCUCCUGGAAAGCACGGAAGUCCCUUUGCUCCAUUUACUUUUUCAGCCAGGAAGUGUUUCCUAAUGUCUCACCCCCAGCGCCAGCUUUCCUGCUGCAGUUUCCGCCUGUUCCCUCCCAUUUCAGGCCUUAAGGGAGUGUGGCUGGGCUUCUCUCCUCCCCCUCACUCCAAAGCCGCACUUGAUACAAGGUGGAAAUCGAGGCACCACUCCUCCUGGCUUCCGAGCCUUGAACUUGCCCUUCCCUCUCAGUCAGAUCUGUCUUAGAGGGGCCAGGUGCAGAGAAAAGCAAAAAUCCUAAUAAUGUUCCUAGCGAUCGCCUGCCUGUCACGGAGUGCUGAAGGACCAAGUGCUGAUCUGAGUCCUCAUCACACGGGACCUCAUUUAGUCUCACGAUAGGUGAGUACAACUAUGGGCCCCAUUUUACAGAUGAGGAAACUAAGGCAGGAGAAUUUUAGUCAUUUGCCCAAGUUCACCAGCUUUUAAAAGGAUCCAGACAGCUCUGAUUCCAGCGCCAGCUCAUGCCUCUUCAUUGUGGGGGAGGAAAGAGAGGGAGUCGUUUGUUGGAGCAAACCCCCACCCAUCAAGGGCCAAGCCACUGGCGUAUAUGCAGCCAUAUGUGUUAUGCUGUGAUAUGCCCCACCACGACCUUAGAGGUCGUUUUUCUUGUUCCCAUUUUAACACAGACAAAAACCGAGGCCCAGUAGUACCUUACCCAAGGUCACAUCCCCAGAGCCAUUUGUCCCUCAUAGUUCAGAACUUAGAAAGCAGUUGAGAAAAGUAUGGAAUGACCCCAGAUUCAGGAAGGCAAGUCUGGCCUUAUAAACUGAAAGGCCCAUCAGGCGAUGGGAUGGGGAAGUGAAGAUCCUCAGGCCCCAAACACCCGCCACUGCCGCCAUCACACACGGAAGUGUGGAGGGAGCCUGGUGUACUGUCAACUGACCGGCCAGUCCAGGGGCUUAAAUGUAAAUGCAUCAGCUGAGGCGGGAAGUUAGGAGGGGUAAGUCAAUCACUAUUAUUCAUUAACUGGAAUGCAUUUCUCAGAUUACUCCAAGCUGGAGUAGGGAAACUGCCACCUAGGUGGCAGGGCAGAGGGACACUGGGUGGGAGGGGGAGGCAGGCCUCCCAGUUGCUACGGUUCAGAAUAUGCCAGGUCCCACCUCCCAGAGGCGGGGCCGGGGCUGAGUCCCGCCAGCCUCGUUUCUCCAUCCCUCUGAGAACCCAGACGGGCAGAGCCUGGGUAGGAGAGCCUGGCCCCGCUGUCUCCACCGGGUGGAGACACCAUGCACUUGGUCCACUUGUGCUCUUCAGCCAGGACACCAGACAUGGUCCAAACCCCUGCAGGACUGGCUGUAGCAACUCCCUGACACUCAGGAAGGCCCAGGCUGGGCAGGCAAUACCUGCUCCCAACAGCCAUGUGAGUAGCUACUCCCCCAACCCCCAAACCCCAGAUCCUGGAGAGGCCACUGCACCCAGCCCAAGCCACCAGACCCCUGGGAGUGUGCAGGUGGUACAGCCUGCACCCUGCUGGGAAAUCACCCCUAGGGGCUGCUCCCUGCCUUUGUCACUGUUCUGGUGGAGGUGGGGUGGGGGGAAUCAUUCCAAUUAGGGCUGGGAGCUCCAGCUUAGGCCAGGUUUGGGGUAAUGAACCCUGAGUCUCGCGGGGCUUGAGAGAGUUGAUGGUGCUAGGGGGAAGGGAACAGAAACUGGAAGGCCUCGAGAGAGGAAAAGGCAUCCUGGGUGGAGGGCACUGGAGGAGACUGAGGAAGAGAAAACACGCUUAGGGGAGGGGAAAGGGGGCACAAGGCCUUGGAGGCCCGGGUUCGGGGUGCUGGGGGAACCUGGGAAGGAAGGGGAGCAUCUUCCUUCCUCUCAGCUCAGGGUGGCCAUGGGGCCCUGAUCCCCUGUCCUGGAGGAGGGGAGAGGUAUGAAUCCUUUCCUUAUUGACUUGGAUCCUAGCAACAGCAGCUGCUCCCCUGUUGACAGAAGCAGGAGUUCCCACAGGACCCAGGACCCCUCCCCCGUCCCCAGGAUGUGGCAGCAGAGCCAUGACACUGGAGGACUGAGACCAGGGAAUGACGGGAAGGACAGGGACAGAUGAGAGCCACAGAGAAGCCAGGCUUUGCCCACUGACUCCUCUUCCCUCUCCUCUGGGCUCAGCCUCAGGCCUGGGGGUGUUGGGGAGUCCCUGUCCUUGCUGCUGGCAUCUCCAUGUUCACUGCCACAGGUCCCCUCCUGCUGCUUCUCUCCUCCCUCCAGCUCCCAGGAAGGACCCUGUUGCUAGUGUGGAGCAAAGACGAGUCAAGUUUAUGGGCUGGAAGUCCUACCCGGAGGCUGCUCACUGAGCUGUGAUGGCUACAAGGACAGAUAGGGGGAAGGGCACAGGGUGCCCGAGACCUGGCCCACUGGAGCCUGUCACCUAAUGGCCAGCCGGAAGACCACUACACACCAGCCAGCCCUGGUCCAUUCUUUUGGCUCAUUUAGGGGCCUCCCCGGUGGAGGCAGGGAUACACAAAAUGCUUUGGGGCUGGAUGGACCCGCCUUUCAGUCUAAACAAGAGACCUAAACACAGCUGCCCAGAAAAGGCAGAUACCAGAAAUGGAUAAAGCUGGCUGGGUGGGGACUGUCGGAAGGGCAGCCAGCGGUGAGCUCCGGCUGGUUGCUACCAUAUAGGACAUAUGUGUUGCCAGACCUGAUUUUUCAAUAGAAACCAAAGAUAGUUUUUUAUAUGUUUAAUUGGCAAUUAAUUGAAAAAUUCCGUGUAUCAGCGAACAUAAUACAGCCCACAGCCUGCGGGUCUGUGCCCCUGGACUAACAUGCCGCCCUGCCAGGAGGACACGACCUGCAGCCCCAUCCUAACUCUGGCCACCCCAUCCUGCAGGCAUGCCGGCUGCCACUCCAGGACUCCCCCGUCCUCAGGACCGAGAUGACGCCCAACAGCACUGGCGAGGUGCCCAGCCCCAUUCCCAAGGGGGUUCUGGGGCUCUCCCUGGCCCUGGCAAGCCUCAUCGUCACAGCGAACCUGCUGCUAGCCCUGGGCAUUGCCUGGGACCGCCACCUGCGCAGCCCGCCUGCUGGCUGCUUCUUCCUGAGCCUGCUGCUGGCUGGGCUGCUCACGGGUCUGGCAUUGCCCACGUUGCCAGGGCUGUGGAACCAGAGUCGCUGGGGUUACUGGUCCUGCCUCCUCCUCUACUUGGCUCCCAACUUCUCCUUCCUCUCCCUGCUCGCCAACCUCCUGCUGGUGCAUGGGGAGCGCUACAUAGCAGUCCUGAGGCCACUCCAGCCCCCUGGGAGCACUCGGCUGGCCCUGCUCCUCACCUGGGCUGGCCCCCUGCUCUUUGCCAGUCUGCCCGCUCUGGGGUGGAACCACUGGACCCCUGGUGCCAACUGCAGCUCCCAGGCUAUCUUCCCAGCCCCCUACCUCUACCUCGAAGUCUAUGGGCUUCUGCUGCCCGCUGUGGGUGCUGCUGCCCUCCUCUCUGUCCGCGUGCUGGUCACUGCCCACCGCCAGCUGCAGGACAUCCGCCGGUUGGAGCGGGCAGUGUGCCGCAAUGAGCCCUCGGCCCUGGCCCAGGCCCUUACCUGGAGGCAGGCAAGGGCGCAGGCUGGAGCCAUGCUGCUCUUCGGGCUGUGCUGGGGACCCUACGUGGCCACACUGCUCCUCUCAGUCCUGGCCUAUGAGCAGCGCCCACCCCUGGGGCCUGGGACUCUGUUGUCCCUCAUCUCCCUGGGAAGUGCCAGUGCAGCGGCAGUGCCCGUGGCCAUGGGGCUGGGCGAUCGGCGCUACACAGCCCCCUGGAGGGCAGCCGCCCAAAGAUGCCUGCAGGGGCUGCGGGGAAGAGCCUCCCGGGACAGUCCCGGCCCCAGCACUGCCUACCACCCAAGCAGCCAAAGCAGCGUCGACCUGGACUUGAACUAAAGGAAGGGCCUCUGCUGACUCCUACCAGAGCAUCCAUCCAGCUCAGCCACCCAGCCUGUCUCCACUGGGCCCCACUUCUCUGGAUCAGAGACCCUGCCUCUAUUUGACCCCACACUGACUGAAUAAAACUCCUCUGGCUGUUUA